CAUUCUCCUGCUCCUCUCUCCUCCCAUAACCCACCGCCCUCUUGCUCAUGCUGGCGCGCGUCCGUCACUUUAAAAGGAAACGUCUCCUGCCUCUUUCCCGCACGCCAUCGGGGCAACUCAGACUCCGUGUUUUAGAGCUAUUGACAUUUUCCUUCAGAUUCGGACCGGAGCAUUAGCACCCGGUUUUAGCCACAGCCAUGGCGCAUGCUGCCGCCCACAUUAAGAAGGCCAGGUCUGAGAUGGAUCAAACUGCCGAUCUGAAGGCUCUGGAGAAAGCCAAAGAGAGACGGCGGCGUUCCCGGGAACAGGCAAAGCGCAAGUCUGACAGUAACACCAGUUUCUUGCGAGCGGCGAGAGCAGGAAACAUUGACAAGGUUCUGGAAUAUCUGAAAGGGGGCGUCGACAUCAACACUUGCAAUCAGAAUGGUCUCAACGCACUGCACCUGGCAGCCAAGGAGGGCCAUGUAGACCUGGUCCAGGAGCUGCUAGAAAGGGGAGUUGCCUUGAAUUCUGCCACAAAGAAAGGAAAUACAGCUCUACACAUCUCCUCUCUCGCGGGUCAGAUUGAAGUGGUGAAGAUUCUGGUCAAGCAAGGUGCCGACAUCAACACACAAUCUCAGGUGAAAUCAAAUGGUAUCAGGUUCCCCAGUUCUUGGUCUACGGUUUGUUGCUAUAUCCUUUGUUUUAUUGUGCAGAAUGGAUUCACUCCACUCUACAUGGCCGCCCAGGAGAAUCACUUGGAUGUGGUGCGAUACCUUCUUGAGAACGGAGGCAACCAGAGCACUGCCACAGAGGAUGGCUUCACCCCUCUGGCCAUUGCUCUUCAGCAGGGCCACAAUCAGGUGGUUUCCAUUUUAUUGGAGAAUGACACAAAAGGAAAAGUCCGUUUGCCGGCCUUGCACAUCGCCGCUCGCAAAGACGACACCAAAUCGGCAGCCCUGCUCCUCCAGAACGACCAUAACGCCGAUGUCCAGUCCAAGAGUGGAUUCACACCACUGCAUAUUGCCGCUCACUACGGAAACGUCAACGUGGCCACGCUCCUGCUGAACCGAGGGGCCGCUGUGGACUUCCUUGCAAGGAAUGGCAUCACUCCUCUUCAUGUGGCAUCCAAGCGAGGCAACACUAACAUGGUCUGCUUACUUUUGGACCGCGGCUGUCAGAUUGAUGCUAAAACAAGGGAUGGCCUUACUCCUCUCCAUUGUGCAGCCCGGAGUGGACACGACGUUGUCGUGGAGUUGCUGCUGGAGAGAGGAGCUCCUCUGCUGGCCAGAACCAAGAACGGCCUGUCUCCCCUCCACAUGGCGGCGCAAGGUGACCACGCCGAAUGCGUCAAACACCUUCUGGAACACAAGGUGCCCAUCGGCGACGUGACCUUGGACUAUCUGACAGCGCUUCACGUGGCGGCGCACUGUGGACAUUACAGAGUCACCAAGCUGCUCCUGGACAAGAGAGCCAACCCCAACACCCGGGCUUUGAAUGGUUUUACGCCGCUUCACAUAGCCUGUAAGAAGAACAGAGUUAAAGUCAUGGAGUUGCUGGUCAAAUAUGGGGCCUCCAUUCAGGCCAUUACAGAGUCUGGAUUGACUCCCAUCCACGUGGCCGCCUUCAUGGGUCACCUGAACAUCGUCUUGUUGCUGCUGCAAAACGGAGCCUCUCCAGAUAGGAGCAACAUUCGUGGAGAAACAUCGCUACACAUGGCCGUCAGGGCAGGCCAGGUGGAGGUGGUUCGCUGUCUGCUAAGAAACGGAGCCAUGGUAGACGCCAGAGCUCGGGAGGAACAGACUCCCCUCCACAUCGCUGCCCGUCUGGGCAAAACAGAGAUUGUCCAGCUCCUUUUGCAACACAUGGCCCACCCUGACGCCGCCACGGCUAACGGGUACACCCCGCUUCACAUCGCCGCUAAGGAAGGUCAAGUGGAGACGGCGUCCGUUCUCCUGGAGGCGGGGGCUUCGCACUCGCUCGCCACAAAGAAAGGAUUCACUCCCCUGCAUGUUGCCUCCAAGUACGGAAGCCUGGAUGUAGCCAAACUUCUGCUUCAGCGACGCGCACCACCCGAUUUUGCAGGGAAGAAUGACCUGACGCCACUUCAUGUUGCAGCGCAUUACGAUAACCAAAAAGUGGCGCUCCUGCUUCUGGAAAAAGGAGCAUCCCCCCACGCUGUUGCCAAGAACGGCUACACUCCUCUCCACAUUGCGUCCAAGAAGAACCAAAUGGACGUGGUCUCAGCGCUGCUGAAGCGCGACGCCGAUACCAACAUGGUGACCAAACAGGAUGUCACUCCACUCCACUUGGCCUCGGAGGAUGGCCACGCUGACAUCACCACCAUGUUGCUGAGUAAUGGAGCCCAUGUCAACACCCCCACCAAGGGUGGCCUUACCGCCUUGCAUUUGGCAGCACAAGACGACAAAGUAGCAGUGGCGGAGAUUCUUGCCAGAAAUGGAGCAAACCUCAACCAGCAGACCAAACUGGGCUACACACCACUUAUUGUUGCCUGCCAUUAUGGCAACACCAAAAUGGUCAACUUCCUGCUUCAAAAUGGUGCUAGUGUGACAGUAAAGACCAAGAAUGGGUACACCCCGCUCCACCAGGCCGCCCAGCAGGGGAACACACACAUCAUCAACAUUCUGUUGCAAUACGGUGCCAAGCCCAACGCUAUCACCAUGAAUGGUAACACCGCCCUGGGUAUUGCUCAAAGGCUGGGCUACAUCUCGGUGGUGGACACGUUGCAGGUUGUAACGGAGGAGAUUGUCACCACGACAACGAUGGUGACAGAAAAGCACAAACUGAAUGUUCCGGAAACAAUGACUGAAAUACUUGACGUCUCCGACGAAGAAGGAGAUGACACCAUAACUGGAGAUGGAAUUGAGUAUUUACGAGCUGAGGACCUGAGAGAGCUUGGAGAUGACUCUUUACCAGGACGAUAUCUGGACAGCAUGAACUACCUCUGCUUCAACCAUGAGGGGCCGCAAACUCUCAGUGCGGAGAAGUCCUUUACGUCCACUUGUCAAAACUACUACCAAAAACACGAAAGCACUACGGAGGACAUGCUCAAUCGUCAGAUUUCUGCACUCUGGAGGGAAACAGAGAGCGAUUCGUACAGACUGAGUUGGAGCACAGACAACCUGGACAACAUAGCUUUCACUUCAAACCCCGUCCACACCGGCCAGUUCUCUCCAUGCCGUGACCACGCGGACCACAGCAGUUUCUUAGUCAGCUUCAUGGUCGACGCGAGGGGCGGAGCCAUGCGGGGUUGCCGCCACAAUGGCCUGCGCAUAGUCAUCCCUCCGAGGAAGUGUGGCGCUCCCACGCGAGUAACCUGCAGGCUGGUCAAGAGGCACCGGCUGGCCAGCAUGUCACCCAUUGUCGAAGGGGAAGGUCUGGCGAGCAGGUUUAUCGAAGUGGCGCCCUCUGGGGGCCAGCUUCUCGGUAAGCUCCACCUCCCCAGUGCCCCUCCCCCCCUCAAUGAGGGUGAAAGUUUGGUGAGCAGAAUCCUCCAACUUGGACCGCCAGGGACAAAUUUCCUGGGUCCCGUCAUUGUGGAGGUCCCACACUUUGCUUCCCUGCGAGGGGGUGAGCGAGAACUUGUCAUCUUGAGGAGCGAGACGGGGGACGGCUGGAAGGAACACCAUUGUGAAUACACCCAGGAAGAACUCAACCAGUUCCUCAACAGCAUGGAUGAAGAGCUGGACUCCCCGGAAGAGCUCCAGAAGAAGCGCAUUUGCCGUAUCAUCACAAGAGAUCUACCGCAAUACUUCGCUGUGGUAUCCCGUAUCAGGCAAGAUAGUAUUCUCAUCGGCCCAGAAGGAGGUGUCCUGAGCAGCACCGUAGUGCCCCAAGUGCAAGCAGUAUUUCCAGAGGGGGCCCUAACUAAAAGGAUCCGGGUCGGCCUACAGGCCCAGUCUGUAGGUGUGGACGUUGUCCAGAGGACUGUAAGGAACAAGUCCAGCUUCAGCCCCAUCGUCACUCUGGAGCCGCGUCGACGGAAGUUCCACAAACCUAUCACGGUGACCAUGCCGGUCCCCAAAGAGUACUCUGACCUGGCAGGUCUCCAGCACGGUUUGGGGCGAGACACGCCAACAUUACGACUGCUGUGCAGCAUUACAGGCGGAACAACGCCGGCCCAAUGGGAGGACAUCACCGGAACCACCCCGCUAACGUUUAUCAAUGAUCACGUGUCCUUCACCACCAAUGUCUCUGCCAGGUUCUGGCUCAUUGACUGUCGGCAAGCGCAAGAGUCGGUAAGUUUCUCGUCACAAGUGUACCGCGAGAUCAUCUGCGUGCCCUACAUGGCCAAGUUCCUGGUCUUCGCCAAAACCCACGACCCCAUCGAGGCUCACCUGCGCUGCUUCUGCAUGACGGACGACAAAGUGGACAAGACCCUGGAGCAGCAAGAGAACUUCACCCAGGUGGCCUGCAGUCGUGAUGUGGAGGUUUUGGAAGGAAAGCCAAUCUAUGCAGACUGCUACGGAAACCUGGUUCCUCUCAUCAAAAAUGGCCAGCAUCACGUCUUUAGCUUUUUCGCCUUUAAAGAGAACCGACUAACUCUGUUCAUCAAAAUCAGGGACGACACUCAGGAGCUCUGUGGGCGCUUGUGUUUUAUGAAGGAACCUCGCACUUACCGGUCACCUGGACAAAACGCCAUAUGCAACCUUAAUAUUACGCUACCAUCAUAUACUAAGGAUUUGCUGAAAAAAAUGCACUUUUUGUCUUUGCUCUUCUUCCUGCUUGCCACUUUAAAAAAGGAUUUGGAUUCUGAUCAUGACGAUGAGACCAACCAAAAGCUGGAAAAAUAUGAAACUGGGGCAGAGACGUCAGAUAUCCGGCGAUCCGAGCCAAAUCGAGAACAGGACCUUCUAUCCGACGUGUCGGAGAUGAAACAAGACUUGAUGAAAAUGACGGCCAUUUUAACAUCCUCAGAUAAACCCUUAGAGGAAGCGUCCAGUCGAGAGAAGGAGGAGACGGGUGACGUUCCGAGUGGGGAACCAUUAGAAAUAACAAAGAAUGACUUAGAGAACGUUAAAAAGGAUCUGGAGAAAGUUGACAAAAUACUCCGUAGUGGAAUGUGUGACACGGUGGAGCCCAGUGAUCUCAAAGAACACCUCCUGGAUGUGCCAAAAAAACAGAAGGAUACCCAUGAGGGAGCCGCUAAAUCAGUCACUCCAACUAAAGUCCAAAAGCAUCUACGGGUAGAAGUCAAGUCCCCACUGAUUGAAGAUACCCCCAUUGGAUCCAUAAAGGACAAAGUAAAAGCCUUGCAACAAAAAGUAGAGAUGGAGCAGAAAGGAAAAAUUGUCGGUGGCAGAGUUCAACCUUUGCCAUCUUCUCCAAAAGUAAAAAAAAAAAACAAGUCUACAAUAAGCCCUGUAAAAACACCUGAAGCGGCAAAGGAGACUGUCUCGGUUAAGGAACUGAUGCAAGUCUUUCAGAAAGACAGAGGAACCUCAAAGAUGGAGUUGGAUAAGCCUAGAACAAGACUGGAAGAAAGCAGAAUUAGAAGGCCAGAAACCAGGAUCUCUAAAGAGCUAUCUCUGGAUUCAAAACCUAAAACUAGGGACAAAGCUGGUCGUGAUGAUGAUGAUGACAACUCAGACAAGGUCGCAGACUUACAGGGUUCAGAAACACCUCGCCUUAGUUUCGAGGACAGCUACAAACAUGAAGGUCUCACCACUCCCGGCACAAGUCCUGAAAAUGCGUGUCUCUCUCCCAAAACUGAGCAAACCUCAGACCUGGAAAAGAUUGCAUUACCCGAUGACCAACUGUCUCCUGAAUCAACCCUCCUUGGUGAGUCCGCAUCCAGGACUAAAAAAAGCAUGUACGACGCCGCAGAGCAACUCCAUUUUCCCCUAGCGUUGCCUUUAGCUUCCUCGGAUGCUUUUAGAUCCUUGGAGUUACCCUUAAAGCAAAGCUCAGAUUCUCUCAGUCCGUUAGCCGAUGAGUCUUUGACUAUAAGUCACAGAGAUUCCCUAGACGGUAGUCUUGUUACGGACUCAUCCUCAUGUAAGACCCCUGAUUCUAUUGAACCAAGCCCGACUGAUGAUUCGCCUCCUCGGGACUCCUUGGAGACGAGCCCUGUUGAUCCGUCCUUCCAGAGUAGUUCCCUAAUCCAGCCCACGAAUAUUAAAGAUACUUUACGUGAUAGACUUUUCCAAAACCUUGCGGCUGAUGAGGACAAUGGCGAGCAGAGUUCCGGUAAGAAUCCGCUUUCCCCCGAUACCCCUAGUUAUGAGGAGGUAAGUUAUGAGCUAAAUCCUAAACCUCCUCACCGCUCAUGUCUGACUUUUCAAAUCAAACCAGCAGCUGUCAUCCAAGAAGAAGACACACCACACAUAGAUGUAGAAUGUAAAUUAGGGGCAAAGAGACUCACAGAAGAGUUAAAUCCUCCUGUUUCUGACCCUCUUAUUAAAGCUCCUUCUUCUUUUUCGGCAGGUGUGCAAGACGAAUUCCACGCAGACCAAAACCAGUCCAAAUCCCACUUGAAAACCACACCAGAACCACGAGUAGAUAGUCUAGCAAACAGAACUGACGAGCAAAAGGAGAACAGCUUACGGGAUUCGAGAGAAAACCAAGGAGGCGAUGGUCAAAGUAAUGUGACAGAUGAAGUCAAAGGAAGUGAUAUUAGUCAAGCAAUGGAUGUAUUUGAACCUGAGUUUUGUAUCUAUGAUGAUACAGAAGGGGCAGAAAAUCCGAGAACCGAGUCCAAAGGUGUCACCGCAAAGGUAGAAGCGGCAGCCAUAUGGUCUAAGGAUAAAGACGCCCCUUUUGAAGCUGGUCUCAAAGAAAAAGAAGAGGAACUACUCAAUCUAGUAGUGGGGGAAGAGAGUAGUCGGUCCCAGCAAGAAAGUCCUGCUACGACACCAGGUAAAACACCCACGGAGGAGAGCACGCCGACGAGCGAGCCCAACCCAUUUUUCUUCCAGGAGGGGAAGCUUUUUGAGAUGACUCGCAGUGGUGCUAUUGAUAUGACCAAAAGGAGCCUAGAAGAUGAGGUUGGCGGCGGUGGUUUUGCCUUUUUCCAGAUCGACAAACAAGUGGUGGUAGAAAACAUUGUGGCCUCUGCAAACUCGGAAGUUGGUCUCAAUCUAAAACUGCAGGUCAACACCGAGGAGGGUGCCAACAGAUCUGAAAUAACUCUACCGGUGUCAUGUGAGGUUGAUCAGACUGCAUCUUGUGAAUCAAAAAUCCCUCAAAUGGAGUUCGCUGCUUCGAGCAAACUUGCUACAGCUCUGGAAAAUCCAAAAUCAUCCGAUUUAGAUUCUACGGAUCAAAUGAUAAUUAAUGUAGACUUAGCAGACAACACCAUUACAAGAUCCAUAUACUCCGAGCAGGGUCAGGAAUCAUCUGAUUCCUCCCCGGAAGAAUCUAAAUCUGUGAUAGAGACCCCAAAAUCCUCUCAAACCAAAUCUGAACUAUCUCCUGUGUCAAAAUCCAGAAUCCCCAUUAAAGCAAAGUCUUUCAAACCGGUUGAGCAAGACAAAAGUCUCAAGGGACCACCUCGAAGAAAGUCAGAAACAGGACAGGACGCAGGAGGACCUAAAAUUAAGAACCAAUCUGAGGGCGUCUCCACUAGACUGACUAGUAAAGCAGAGUCCAAAUCCUUCCAGUCCAGAUUGCCAGUCAAAGGUAAAAGUGGCCUGACUUCCUCCUCCAAGCUUCACCAUAAGAGGUCCGUCGAAUUCUUCGACGAGAUAACCGACGAGGCGGCCAAGGUCAUAGAAAGGCUGGCGGAGACCAAGAAAGAACAAAAGGCACACGCCAGUGAUGACAACUCAGAGGACGAGAGUGGUCUUAUCGAUCCGGCGGUAAUGGACACCUUCCUAGUUAGAACACAUGGUGAGGACCCCAUUCAAGGUCAAGAUGCAACAGAGUGUCCAAAGCAAACGUUUUUGAUGACAGCAGACCACUUGGGCUUCAGCUGGGCAGAGCUAGCGCGAGAACUGGGACUCAGCCAGGAAAAGAUCGAUUUGAUACGGACCGAAAAUCCUGACUCCUUGCAAGACCAAAGCUACGCGCUUUUGAAUCACUGGAUGAAGGAAGAGGGUGCCACAGAAACCGCACUCAUCAAGAGACUGACCGAGAUCAACAGAAUGGACAUCGUUCAGCGGAUCCAAACUAUUACAUGCUCUGAACGAGGCGGAGUGUCCGAGGAAUCCAUGAACUCGAAUCAAGCAAGCGGUGGUCAACAAAAACAGGCGGCGGCGGGAUUUGAGAUGGAGCCUGCGAAGGAUAGAAAGGUCAGCCAGGUGGUGAAGACGAGGGUGGUAACGCGACAGAGGACAGACGAUGUCAGGAGAAACACGGGCAAGAAGCCGGAGGGUCCACCUUGAUGCAGCACACUUACGGAAUGUACAAUUGAAAAAUGACGCUGCAAUAUAUCCUGAUCGUUAAACUUCCGACUUUGCGGGGUUUUUCCUCCCCAUUUUUGUGUUACGCUCUGCAUUUUUUUAUAUUUAUUUGUGUUCUUUUCUGUGGCCAAAGACUGCACCAUUACCGUCCGUGUUUACCGUAAAAAUAUAGUGUGUGUGUUUUUACAGCAUUCUUUUACGAAAUAAUCCACAUUCGACUUGACUUGAUUUUUGUUGUUGUUGUUGUCCGAAAGGAUUGACUCAUUCAUGAAUUGUUUGCACUUGUGUACAUGAAUAAACUUCCUAGAAAAGUUG